AUGCACUCUGCCUGGACUCUCAUUACCCUCCUUCUUGCGUCUUCGGCUCCAUCCACGUUGGGCGGCAAGUGUAAUGCUCCACGCGAAGCCGAAGAGAACAACAACUGCCUGGGAGGUUCCUACAACGACUGUGUAGCGAGGAACAACUAG